CAAAAUCGCGACGGAGGAAGAAGAAGAUCUUAGCUGCUGCUUCUGCAAAAAAAAAACCUUAUCCUGCAAUGGCUUCUACUUUCGUCUCUCUACCAAAACCUUUCUUUGCUUUCCCGGUCAAAACCAGUAGUCCUCCUACAGCUAACAACAACAGGCUUCUUGGAAGUCAAAGAGGUUGUCUUAGAAUCAAAGCUAUUUCCACCAAAUGGGAACCUUCAAAGGUUGUUCCUCAAGCAGACAGGGUUCUUGUUCGUCUUGAAGAUCUUCCUAUGAAAUCUUCAGGUGGAGUUUUGUUGCCUAAAGCAGCUGUGAAGUUUGAGAGGUACCUAACAGGAGAGGUUAUCUCUGUUGGUUCUGAGGUUGGACAACAAGUUGGACCUGGAAAGAAGGUUCUGUUCUCUGACGUGAGCGCUUAUGAGGUCGAUUUGGGGACCGGUGCUAGGCAUUGCUUCUGUAAAGAGAGUGACUUGUUGGCCCUUGUUGAGUGAAGUCUUUUCCAAGAGUUGUCCAAGAGAGCGAGAGGAAACAUUUAAUGAUUUGAAGUUUUUAGAAGUAUCUUGUAAUUGUCAGACUGCAAUUGUUGUUUUCUGUUAAUCUUUCAAUUUGAUAUCAAUUGAGAUCACUUUCAGUUUGAAUUCUGACAUGCUUAAGACAAAAUGUAUUGAAAACAA